UGUUUUGCGUGCGAGGUUGAAGGGCCUGACCAAGAUGUUCUGAGUAACAUCAAUUCAUGCCCUCGAUGUCACGCGAUCUUUGAAACGCCACCCAGGCUGCUGGCACAUGUUGCGGCCCACGUCUUAUAUGACCCUUUUGUCAACAGGGAGGAUGAACCUUGUGGCCUCUGUCUGUCACCAAGCCCAUUGUGCUGGAUCGUCUUGAGGAAGAAUAAGGAAUCUUUCACCAUUGAUUAUCCGAAUUCAACCUGUGUAAGACUCGUAAAAUUCUCCUAUGCUGCUGCCAGUCAACCAUCGCCCUCAAAUCCAUGUGCUAAUGUCCCAGUCAAAUGCCCUCGGUGUCCCAAGGGGGCUAACUCGGUGUGGAAGUAUAAUAUGACGGCCCACUAUGCCAAGAAACACUCACCUUUACCACCUCCACCCGAGUUUCAAAUCUCAGAUUUUGAGCUGGAAGGACUGAAGAUGAUCUGGAAUGGCCGACAGGUAGCAAACCGAGCAGAAACUAGGAGAAGGAGAUUUGUAGCGGCGAAGUUGGACAUCUCUGACGCCCACAGCUCCCGCCUUUCCCUUCGGUAUGUCUCACAUUAUAUUUUAUAA